GGUCAGGUAAACCUACCUACUCAAAUAGGCAAAUUAUUGGUGGAUACACGCGUAUCUAGGUGACGUUGUGAACAUGCCUACAUAAGAUUACAAAUUGAUUCUGAACGAUAAAUAAAUAUCUCAUUUGCUUUGUCAAAAUUCUAUGUAAAGUUUUGAGAAACAUGAUAUUUUGCAUUUCACCUGUGGAUUACAUCAUAUAGACAAGGAUUCUCACAAUCUGUUAGUGUUCUACUCUCUCUCUCUCUCUGUUAGUUCCAGUAGACACUCAUUUUAUUUAAAAUACACGUUUAUGUAACUGUCACACUCAUGAAGCUGUAUUCAACUUUAAUCAAACAUAUUUCCUCUGUUUUCCUCAUUCAGUUAUUAUUGCUGUUGUUUGUCAAAUGCAAUGUCCCAUAUUAUAAUCAACAAUCAGUAAAACAGGCUGCUGGUAAUAUCCAUCCUUCAUUUAGACAAAGUAAUCCAAAUGCUCCAGUUUUAUCCUACAGUUCAUCAAAUCCAGUGAAUGCAGUCGGUCAGCCACAUGCAUCUGUUACACAAGGUCAAGAUCCAGGCAUUCCACCGGGUCUAUCUCUUGGCGACCCUGGAUUUGUUCCACCAACUGAUGGCAAUCGUUUACACGAUAGAAAUUUUGUUCCAGGGACGCAGAGCAUGGCGAAUAUUACAGAGACAAUAAAAACGAAUAAAGAUUCAACACCUCAAGAAGAGUCACGGUCGAAAUCUUCAAUGAGAGAUCGUAUUGUCAGUUUAAUUAUGUCAAAAUAUCGUAGUUAUGAACGUCCACCAGACGGUGGGAAUGCUACUAUAGUUACUGUCAAUAUGAAAGUAUUAGCUAUUUUUUCAAUUGAUGUACGUACAAUGGAUUAUAAUGUUGACUUAUUAUUAAGACAAGCAUGGCGUGAUCGUAGACUUUCAUGGCACGAAAUACCAGAAUUUCGUGAUUUCAAAGAGCCUUUAGUAUCACCCAAAUUAAAAGAGCAGUUAUGGUUACCUGAUUUAUUCUUUAGAAAUGGUAAAGAUGGCUAUUUGCAUAAGUUAACAUUGCCAAAUUAUUUAUUACGUGUUCAUCCUAAUGGAAAUGUGUUAUACAGUCAAAAGAUAACAAUGCGAUUCUCGUGUCAAAUGCAUCUACAAACAUUUCCUAUGGAUAGUCAAAGCUGUUACAUCGAUAUCGGUAGCUAUGGUUAUACACUGAAUGAACUCAAAUUUGUUUGGAAUGGUGAAAAGCCAGUUGAAUUGGGUGAAAAUCUUCAACUUUCUGAAUUUGAAACACCCGAAAAAUUUGAUGCACAUGAUUGUUCUUCUGGUUAUUCAACUUCUACAGGUCAGUAUGCAUGCUUGAAAGCGACAUUUGAACUACAACGACAGCUUGGCAGUUAUUUAGCCACAACAUAUGUACCGAAUGUGCUAAUUAUUAUGGUGUCAUGGUUAAGUUUUUGGGUGAAUGUUGACUCAGCUCCAGCCCGUGUUCCUUUAGGCUUGCUUAGUUUACUAGGCAUACUAACGCAAGCGAUUAGUGUUUCCUCUACUCUGCCAAGGGUGUCAUAUAUCAAAGCAAUUGAUAUAUGGAUGAUAUUCUCGAUUAUUUUUGUCAUUGGUGUACUGGUUGAAUAUGCUGUCGCCCUGACUCUUUUGCGGCGUAAACAGUCCGAGACAUGGCAUGAAGAUGUGAAGGAUAUUGUCAGAGAGGAGUUAGCACGUUGGUGUGCUAUCUGUCAACAACAACAAUUAGUUCAAUUGCAAAAUUCACAAGGUUUAACACGUGGUCAAAUGGAAUUCCGUGAAGAAUUAGAGCAUUUGUUAACGAACCAACUGAUUGAAGAAAGUAAAGAUAAGUCGAAGCCAAGGAGACCACCGGGGUUAGUUGAAUCGGAAGUUGACACUUACAGUCGUUUCUUAUUUCCAGCCUGUUUUGUCUUGUAUAAUUGUUUCUAUUGGUGUUAUUUCCUAGUGAUUGUGAACCAAAUUAGAAAGAGCGAUACGGACAAAAAUUAAAUAAUGCAGUCUUCAUUAUUUUAUGCUAUGUCGGUCAUUUAUUAUCAUUAUUAUAGUUAUUAUUAUUUAUUCUCCAUACUUUUUCUCCUUCUUCUUCUCCUGAUUUCUGCUUAUAACAGUUUUUUAACAUAAUUCCAGUCGAAUUGAGUUUGUUUCAGAAAAACAUGUAUAAACCUAUGCAUAGGACAACAGUAUCACAGUCAGUCAAGAGAAAACCAAGCCAACGACAGUAUCGGUUCUUUUGCUCAUACUGUGCAAUAGAGGAGGAGAUAUGUGUUGUGUCGUAAUAUAACUUCUUUUAUCGAAUAACCAUGUGCUGUGUGACAAUAUUAUACUACUUAUAACCUUCAAUAUACUUGUAGCGGCAAUGAUCACUGACGCUAAUUUUUAACAGAUUUACUAUCAACUGUUCAGUGUUCAGUUUUCUUUUUUUUUGGGGGGGGGGGUUAGUCUUUUGUUAUCAUUUGUUGUUACUGAUCUCUUCCCCUUUUACUUCUUUGUAAAUCUCUGUAACUUGAGAUGUACUCACUCGUAUUGCUGGUAAUUCACCCAAUGAUACUUAUUUUAAAAUCCGAUUAACUAUCUCUUCUUUUUAACGUAUACGUAAAUCUCUCUAAAUUUGAACAAGAGAAGUAAUGCACGAAAUUUAUCAUCAAUUGCAUGUAACAAUAUAUUUCCAU